UUAGGGUUCACUUUAGGAGCGAAUGGAAGGACCGACGCCUCAGUCAAGUCGUCGACUGCUUCCACUCGCGUGGGGAUUCGGUAUUUUCAUAGGUGCGCUGGCGGCAAGCUGCUGCUGAUUCGGUCAUGAUUCAUCAACCCACAUUCGAGGAGGAUGCGGCCUGUUUGGCUGGGAGCCUGGGAGGCGAUGGCCACUUCACGUGUACUGCCGUGCCGUCACAGUCACAGCGCAGCACCGACCCCCCCAAGCCAAACCAAUGCCGCCCCGCAGGACCACGCACCGACCGACGCAGGUCCGGCUCGGCUCGGGCUCAGCUCGUUUCCUGAAGGUCGGGAACCAUGGACUGCGGGUUCGUUGAGUGAAGGAUCGUCCAGCCAGGCACCCUCGCGUUCUUCCCCUCCAAUACCACCCCUUCCCUCCUCUCCUCCGUCGAAUCCUCGCGUUCCUAUCCUCGUUUGCUCAUGCUGCUUCGGGUCAGCGACACUUGGGUGGGAGCCGGCGAGUUCCGCCAUAAAAAAAUGCCUCUGGAGCGGCAAUCCCCCCCGGCACAUUAAUUGAAGGCCAGGAGACCGUCCGCCGUCCGGCGGACCAUCCGCUGACCGCGGAUCGUGUAAAGAUACUGUAUGUUUCAGACGGGCGUCCAGGCUCUGCUCGUGCUGCCGUCCGUCCCAACAUUGGAACGUUUCGGUCCUUCGGAUCCGCGCUCGGAGUGGCACUCCCGUGAUAUCCGCGCUCACCACCCCCCCUGAUAUUUACAACUCAAUUCCCGUCCCCCGGCGCGAAUCGUCUGAGCACCUUACCGCACCUUGCCGCACCGUGCCGCACCUUGCCGCACCUUGCCGCGGCCUUGAAGUAGUAGUAGUACCGCAGCAUACUUCUCCGCACUAGUUGUAUCCGCAGCCCUCGAGUAGAGUCGGCAGAAGGCCCCGAGUAAGGCGUCACGGAUUACGAGACGCCUGCCGCUAGGAAGUCAAAUCCCAAGGCGCGAUUCCCAACUCUGGAGUCGGACUGCACGGACCUCAAAGGCCGUCCUCAGGGAAGCUCAAGAGUUCAAUAUACACGCUAAGCGGUGGCGUCUCGGCUCAGCCGUUUCGAUUCGAAUCCCACCUCCAAGAUAGCGUCCGCUUGGGCGGCAACCCUAGGAACUGCUUACUACUAGGGUCGCUGGGAGGUGCUUCGAGGCCGCCAUGCCGCGUUCGUCUGAAGCAAUGGGUUCGAAUUCUCCACCGCACAAGGCGUGGUCCCGAGAGGAGGACGCGGUUCUGCUGCGCCAUGCGCUGCAUUGCGGCACGAGGCGGUGGGGAGCGCUGGGAAGGAGCGGUCGUCUGAAGAGAAACAACAAGUCGUGCUGUAACCGCUACAUCUUCCUCAGAAGGAAGUUCCUCGACCGCUUUCAGCAGCACCUCUGGAGGGAACACUUGCACGCCGCCGCACCCCCCUGCCGCAUUCCCAUGGCUCAGAGUCCGCCCCUACAUCAUGGCCAGCAGCAGCAGCAGCAGCAGCAGCAGCAGCCAGCUAGACCGUCUGAGUCACCUCCACAAGCGCUUGCGUUCGGUGGGCUGUCGUUUGAUGAGUGCAGGAGCGUCUUCCUCUCACCCAAUUCCCGCCAAGCAGCAGCCCAAGCCGACCUCUCGUCUGCCUUCGCCUCUGCCGCUGCCUCCCAUGCCGCUGCCUCCCAUGCUGCUGCCUCCUUUACCGCUCCUCUCUCCACUGCUGCUGGAGCCAGCGCUGCUGUCCUGGACGCCACCGCUGCCUUCUAUGAGGUGAUGGGCGCAGCUCUGAGCGCCGACCCUGCAGUGGUGAGCGCAGCUCUGAGCGCCGACCCUGCAGUGGUGAGCGCAGCUCUGAGCGCCGACCCUGCAGUGGUGAGCGCAGCUAUGAGCGCCGACCCUGCUGCCUCCGAUGCCGCUGCAGCGGUGAGUGCAGCGACCGGCCCCUGCUCAGCUGCCAUCGACGUGCCCAAGAAGCGCUCAAGGGAGGGCUGCAGCACGGGGCUUGGGGCCGACCCACCAGGGGGGGAAAGAGGGGGGAGCGGGGGGCAGGCAGCGGGGUGGGGGCGCGUGGAGUCAGAGAGCGCCCUGCUGGAUGGGCGGCUGCUGGAUGCCCCGCUGCUCGAUGACCCUCUGCUGGAUGACCCUCUGCUGGGAUUCAGCCGCGACGACCCUGCAUUCAGCUGCGAGGACCCUGGCUUCAGCGUGCCAUCUGCAGCACUGUCAGCGCCGCUGUCCACCCAACUUGCUGUGCUGGCCGGCUGUGGUCCCGGGAAGGUGAGGCGGUGCUACGGAGGGACUGCCCUCACCAAUGCUUGGGAUGGAGGGCAGGAGCUGACCCCGUCGACUGACACCUGCACCGAGGUGCAACGCAAUGGGUCUCUCUUUCUCGACACGUGCCACUUGGUGCACCAACUCCCUCUCCUCAUGCAAGAAGCCCAGCCAGACCAGGGCUCUCUUCCGCUUCCCACGUCCCCACCUCACCUGUGGCUGUCUGGUUCCUUCCCUGCCGCCCACCUGCCCGUGCCACCCCUGCCAUCCGCCUUCACCCCCUGUGCUCCCUCCCACCUGCCCUUGGUGAGUGAGCCUGAGGGACGGGCGCUGGCAGUCCCAGCUGCUGGGGCAGCCAUGGCAGAGUGGGCGGUGGAGCAGCGAGGAAGCGGGGAGGGAGUUGCUGAAUCGCACUGCCCCCAUCAGCAGCAGCAGCCGCAGCAUCACCUGCAGCAGCAGCCACAGCAUCACCUGCAGCAGCGGCAGCAGCGGCAGCAGCAGUUCCCAGACCUUCACGUGUGUGCACGCAUGUACUCGUGUUCAUUGCACCAGUCCCUGCCACAGCCUCGACCACACGUACCGCCACAGCCACUUCAAGAGCCACUACCACACCCACUGUCACACCCACCGCCGCAGCCAGUGCCGCAUGCUCUUCUGCAGCCUCUCCAUUCCCAGCAGCCAGUGCACAAGGACUGUGCAAACACCCCUCAAGGUGCCAUGCGAAUGAUUGCGAACCCAAGGGGUUCGCGCAUGCGCACGCUCAUGCCGCGCCCGCUGCCACGCUCACUGCAGCAAUCUUUGCCACACUCCCUGCCAGGCACUUCGCUGGUGCAUGGGGGUUUAAUCCAUAUACCAGGGGAGUUAAGGAAUCGUGGCGGUGCUUCCGUACCUCGGAUGCAGGAUACUGUGGAAGCUCACAUGGCUUCCGAAUAUCUCAACACGACGAACCACUACUUUAAUUCGUACGGAGGUUCCACGACAAGUGUACUUGAAGUUAGGGGGCCAACCACUUCGAGGCCCAUGAUUGGUUGGGGGUUCGACAUGCCAGACAGUGGCAAUGAGCUGAGGAGAAUAUGCAGCUUCACUAGUACAUACGCAUCCCCUCUUUAUACUCCCUCGCAAUGUGCCUUUGCUCAAAGCUCUUGUGCAUAUUCUGGCUAGGUUUGCAAUGCGUUUGACUAAGAUGCCCUUUACUUGAUAGAGGAAGGCUUAUAUAAGGAAAUGUAAU